AUUCUUCAUUUCUUCAAUUUUCUUAUUUUUCUACUACUACUCGUCAUCUUCUCUUUAUUUCCCCCCCCGACUCCCCCUCCAUGGACCUUGGAUCCAGGAGUUAUACCCCGUCGAACCAGCAGUUGGGUAAAGCCGCAGAUCGUCUCAGUCUCUACCAAAAUCACCUUCUCCCCUUGUCUCCCGCCUUGUCACAACCACGACCUUGCACCAGCACAACCGAGUCUAUCUUACAAACUCCCGCAGCGAUGUCCCGCGAUCCAAUCACCUGCCAUGUGCUGAACACCCUCACGGGCACCCCCGCCGCAAACCUACCUGUAACAUUGACACUCCUGUCCGGCCCCUCGACCGCCCAAGGACCCAUCACAUUUACGGCAACGACCAAUGCAGACGGCCGAGUCGUAAGCUGGACCCCAACAGCCUCGACAUCUGCAACUGUGCCCUCGAUUCUCCGUAGCCUCCCGGCGGCCGACAGCAAGACAAACUGGGCAGUCCGUUUUGAGGUCGGGCCCUGGUACGAGGCGCAGGGAAUCGAAAGCUUCUGGCCCGAGGUGGAGGUCAAGUUCACAGUGAAGGGACGUGGCCAGGAAGGUGAAGAGGGAUGGAGGCAUUAUCAUGUCCCUGUGUUGCUAGGGCCUUGGAAUUACUCGACUUAUCGAGGUUCGUGAUGAUAAACUCGGAUGUGUAGAUCUUAUUGCUUUGGGCCAGUUAUCACUAGUUGGUUUAAAGGCAUAUGACGUACGUGGAGCGUUAAGGUUAUAAGGUACUGCUUUAUCUCUUUCUUUUUCUGCUGUAGAGGGUGUCUUGGAAUGUUUGGGAUAUCUAACGCCGAUUGAACAUUCAAGCUUUAAUACGGGCUAUGUGGCCGGUAUAUAUAUAUAUAUAUAUAUAAUCAAGCUUGUCUCAUUCUCUGUUAUGGAUUCUGAGAUCACUGUGCCCCCUCUCCUACCUAGGUGCCUGUUUUGCUUCCAGUCGUUCCUUCUGUACGUACAGCAUGCAUAGGCUAGACUUAGGUAGCGUACAGAUCCCAUUACAUUCUCGGACUCGUUCUCAUCUGCAGGUACGAGCUUGAUCGUCGCCAAGUAUAUCUAAAUAAAUCUGUUCUAUCUUCCCC